UACGGUUGGCAUUGGUCAAUAAUGGCCGCUUGGCAAAAGCAUGAGUGUCAAAGAUAAUAGUCAACGCAAACGAAAUUGUUAGAAUCAUUAGAAAUGGCUUCUGAUAAAUUCCGCGAUAAAAAUCACACACUUCCAGAAAAUGUUCGAAUUAAAAUUGAACCGGGAACUUCUUUACCAGUGCCUCUCAGAAAUAUUAAAACUGAACCAGGAGUUUCACCCACGACAACACGAUUGACUUCUUUUAGGUUACCACGUGAUUUAACUCUAGGUGGAAAUAUUAAGACUGAAAAACCGAAAAAAGUUUAUGUACCUAAUUUUAAUGCUCAACGAAAUAAAAAGAAAGAGGAAACAGUAGUAAAUAAAAGCGAUACUGAAAAAUCAUCUAAGCAAAGAGGCAGAGGAAGAGGACGUGGAUCGGAUCGUGGACGAGGCAGAGGUUCUAAUAAUCUAAUCCAGACUUCUGGUGUAUUUUCUCAAGGUGCAACUGACACCCAAGGUGGUAGAAGAUCUAAGGGACAAGGAGGAGAUAGAUACAGUGAUUGCGAUAGAAAAGUUUUUAUAGAAAAACCAAAAUUAAAUUUGGACCGUGAUAUUGAUAAAGAUGAAGAAGAACGAAAACUAAAAGCAUUAUUAAAGGAUGAUUUUAUCGAUGAUGGUACAGAGCCGGAUACUGAAAAUGCUCCUGUCAUAUUACCUAUGAUUUUAGAGGGGAAAUUAUAUAAAACGGAAUUUAAGCAUGAAAAUAGUAUUUCGGACAAUGAAGAAAUAGAUCAAAAACCUAUCAUUUUAGAAAAUGGCACUGUAAUGAAACCAAAGAAAGAAAUUAAAAAAGAAACACUUAUAAAAAGCGAAUCUAAGAAGCCAUAUCAAUUGGACAAUUUAUCGCAAAUUAUUGAAAACAAACCACAUUCCUAUAUGUUAAUGCAGUUUCCAGAUUGCUUGCCAGGUUUAGAAUCAAAUGAUGAUGCUAAUCCACCAAAAUCAAAGCAUGCAAAUGAUACAACGCAAGAAAGAGAAAGUAAAGAUAGUACCAAAAAGAAUUAUUGCACUUUAAGUAGCUUGAAAGCUGGUAUGCUUGGAAAAUUACAAAUAUUAAAAUCUGGAAAAGCACGUUUAUGUAUAGGUGAAAACAAUCUAAUUGUAGAUAUUGGAUCCAAUUUGAGUUUUCGACAAGAUCUUCUAGCUGCAAAACUAGAUACAGUUAAACUGAAUGGUGAACUUAUCAAUCUCGGAACAAUUAAUAGUACAUUAGUAUGUUCUCCAGAUUGGGAAUCUAUGCUGCUUAAAAUGUAAAUUGUCAUGUAUAAAUAUAUAGAUAGUUGU